AUGGAUCAUUACCAGCAUAAAUCUGGUGCUCAAAAAAGAAAAGAAAAGAUUGCUCGAGAAAAAUCAGCCAAGAAGGGUCAAAGUACGAUUGAGUCUUUUGGAUUUAUAAAUUGUAAUCGUAUUGAUGGUGUUUCUGAGGAUCAGAUGUGCAAGAUGAAGUCACAACUCUCAAAUGUUGAAGUAGAGCCAGUGCCAAUUGAGGAAGAUGAAUUGUUAAAUAGGAAAGUUAUGAGUGCUGAUGUGAAAGAGAAUGUAAUAGACGAAAAUGAAAAUAUUCUUCCAAAGACAUCAACUGCAAGGCUAGAAGAAUUACAAGACAAGGCAGAUGAUGUCCAACUAGUUCCAUCAAAUAACUAUGAUAUUGGUUUAAUUAAGGAAUUAUUUUGCACUGCUGAACAAAUAGAAAAAUUUGUUCAUCUUGGACCCAUUGCUCACCCAACAAAAUUUCCAAAAGAUGCAUUUCCUAAAUCAUUUCCGCGCAGGUUAUUUCACAUUGCCAUGCCAAAUGGCGAAAAAAUUCCACGAGAUUGGCUAACGUGGAGUGAGACGAAGAAUGCACUUUACUGUUUUCCCUGCCGACUUUUCUCUAAAAUGCCAGAAACCCAUCGAUCGACAUUAUCUCUGCCAACAGGAUAUUCCAAGCCCAAGGACAAUAAAUGGAAGAAACUUUAUGAAAAAAUUCCUCAUCAUCAAUCCAGCAGUGGGCAUAAGAUGUGUUAUGUAGAAUGGAGACGAGUAGAAGAAAAUCUCAGAGAUAAUACAACUAUCAAUUUUCUACUAAAUGAUAAUAUAAAGACAGAAGUGGAAAGAUGGAGGCAAAUACUUCGUAGAGUAUUAGAUGUUAUCUUGUUUUUGGGUGAAAGAGGUCUUGCAUUUAGAGGCGAUAGUCAUCUAAUUGGUGACCCCAAAAAUGGGAAUUUUUUGGGAAUUAUGGAACUCAUUGGUCAUUACGAUUCCAUUCUACAUGAUUAUCUCGAAAAAGUAAAAGCUUCUCAACAGAGCCAUAAGCAAAUGCAAGCACAUUAUUUGUCAAAUGAUAUCCAGAAUGAGUUUAUUCAGUGCUGUGCAGAUAAAGUCACAGAUGUAAUAUAA